UGCAAGACUCCUCAUAAGUAUUUACUACUGAAACUUUUCGAUUUCCAUCUUUGGCCUGAACUUAAAAUAGUGCAUGACAAGCCCAGGCAUAGCCAGAGCCAGGGUAGUGUGAAACGUGCCAACCAAGACAUAGAAAAUAUGCUGACUACAUGGAUGCAAGAACAAAAUACUUCACAAUGGAGUCAAGGUCUCUGUUUCAUUCAGAUAAUGAAGAAUAGAGCUUAUCAUUCAGGUAUCAAAACUACUCCCUAUGAAGCAUUACGAGUAUUUGGAUGUAAAAUUAAAAUCGGAUUAAAUACGUCAAAUUUACCCGAUGAAGUCGUAGAAAAUAUUAAAACAGAA